AUGGUAGAUGAGGAGGCUUUAAAUGAGCUCACUGAAGAUGUGGACGUACAGGGAGAGCAAUUAAAGAACAAUAAUACUGAGAAUGAGGUUCAGAAAGAUGCAGAUGGACAAGGUAAGAAAGAUGAGGGAAUGGGUGAGGCUCCUGAUAGAAAUGUAAGUGAAGGGGUAGAAGAAAACAAUGAAGAUGCUGAAAAAGAUGAUGAAGCUGGAUCAGAAAGUGACAAGCAAUUAAAGAACAAUAAUACUAAGAAUAAGGUUCAGAAAGAUGCAGAUGGACAAGGGAAGAAAGAUGAGGGAAUGGGUGAGGCUCCUGAUAGAAAUGUAAGUGAAGUGGUAGAAGAAAACAAUGAAGAUGCUGAAAAAGAUGCUGAAGCUGGAUCAGAAAGUGACAGUGAGCAUGAGUGGAGUAACUUUGGUGAUAGUGAUGAGGAUAGUAUUAAUGAUAGUGAUUUCUGCAUUAAUGUGAACAAUGUAGAGGAGGAAGAAAUUAAUGAUCGGAUAGGUCAGGGAGGUCCCACUACUUCUAGACCAGCACAAGCUGAAGCUAAUGACAAGGGAACAAAAACUGCUGAAGACAAUGAUCAGAGUUCAGACUAUCAGCCUAGUGAUGAUCUUGAUAGUAUGUCCUCAUCAGAUGAAGAUGGUCCUUCAAGGCCAAAGUACCCUGUGUUCAACAAGUCAAGGGAUUUGGAAAGAGCAGAGCUAAAAUUAGGUAUGAAGUUUGCAUCAGCUGCAGAGUUUAGAACAUUGCUAAGGAAUAAUGCAAUAUCAAGUGGUUAUGACUUUUAUUUUGUCAAAAAUGAUGGUGACAGAGUUACUGUCAAGUGCAAAAAGAAUUCUAUUGGUCAAAAAAUAAGUUGUGGAUGGAGGAUUCAUGCAUCUUGGAAUGCAUAUGAAGAAUGUUUCCAAAUCAAGUCUUUACAAUCUGAGCAUAAGUGUGGUAGGCAAUUCAAAAACAACCAAGCUACAUCAUCAUGGAUUGCAAAUAAAUACUUGGACCAAUUGGGAGAUGAUCCUACAUAGGGGACAUCAGCAAUGAAGAAGACAAUGAGGAGGGAUUUGUGCAUUGAUGCCUCUAAGAGCCAAAUAUACAGAGCUAAGAGAAAGGCAAAGGAGGAUAUUUUGGGAUCAAAUAGAGAGCAGUUCAUGAAAUUGUGGGAUUAUUGCAGUAUAAUCAGGUUGAGGAAUCCAGGAAGCCUUGCUUUUUUACAUGUGGAAAGGCCUUACCAUGAGUUAGCCCCUGUGUUUCAGCGGAUCUUUGUUUCAUAUGAUGCUCAAAUCAAGGGAUUAAAGUAAGGAUGUAGACCUAUCAUUGGAAUAGAUGGUUGUUUUCUAAAGGGAUCAUUUGGUGGACAGCUUAUUAGUGCUAUUGGUAGAGAUGGAAAUAAUCAGAUGUUUCCAAUUGCAGUGGGUGUUGUAGAAGCAGAACUAAAGGAUUCAUGGAAUUGGUUUUUAACAAAUUUGCUACAAGCUAUUGGACCAGUAGAGGCACAUAGGUGGACUUUCAUAUCUGAUAGACAAAAGGGUCUGGUGGAGGUUUUUGAUGGCCUGCUGCCAGGAGUUGACCAUAGAUUUUGUGUGCAACAUAUGUACAAUAAUUUCAAAGAACAGUUCAAGGGAAAAGUAUUUAAAGAUUUGCUUUCGGAGGCAGCUACUUCUUAUACUGUGCAAGAUUGGAAAAAAAGCAUGCAGAAAAUUAAGGAUGCAAAUGUAGCUGCUUAUGAAUGGCUCAUGAAAGUGCCACCAAGAAUGUGGAUAAGAGCUUAUUUCAGACCUGAUAUUAAAUGUGAUUUGCUAUGCAACAAUAUGUGUGAGGCAUGGAACCGGACAAUACUAGAUGCAAGGGAGCUACCAAUCAUUGAUUUAAUGGAGAAGAUUAGAAGGCAGGUGAUGACAAGGUUUCAAGAAAAGAGACAAUAUAUGGAAAGACAACAUGGUAUUUUAUGCCCUAAGGUGCAAGGGAAGUUGGAGGAAAUAAAAGGAAAAGCUAGAUAUUGUGAGCCAUUAUGGGCUGGAGAAACUAUUUAUGAAGUUCAAUGCAAUGGAAGGCAAUACACUGUUAACCUUGCAGCAGCAACUUGUGAAUGCAGGCAGUGGGAUGUCACCGGGGUUCCAUGUAAACAUGCUGUCUCUGCUAUAUACAAGGCAAAGUUGGAUCCCAAGAAGUUUGUCACAAAUAUUUUUUAAAGGAGACUUAUAUAAGAACAUAUAGCCAAAUGAUCAUGCCUAUACAUGAUUCUUCAAUGUGGCCUAAGGUUGGGAUUGAGCCUAUAAUGCCACCUCCAUAUAGAAGGCAGCCAGGUAGACCAAAAAAAGCAAGGAAGAGAUCAGUUGAUGAGCCGAAGAAAGGUAAAAUUAGCAAAGGAGGUACAAAGUAUAAAUGUAAGAAGUGUAAAGAAUUUGGACAUAAUACUCGAUCUUGCACUAGUACUGCAUAUAGAGAGGAAAUAGGUGGUGAGGGAACAAGUAAAAGUAUGGGACCAAUGAAUCGAGGAGGGGGCCACCACUGAAUCGAGGAGAGAGACCACCACUGAGUCGAGGAGGCAGAUCACCACUUGGGAGAGGUGGCAGAGCACCAUUUGAGAGAGGUGGAAGAGCACCACUUGGGAGAGGUGGAAGAGCACCAAUAAGUUCUGGAGAAAGCAAUACUGCUGCUAUGGGAGGAAGAGUACCAAUUGGGGGAAGAGGAAGAUCAAUGGGUAGAGUUGGGAGGAUAUUAACUGGAAGAGGCAGGGGGUCUGCAGCUGCUGCAGCUACUAGAAAUGUAUCUGCUCGAGCAGGUGAAGCAAGUGGUGGAGCAAAGGGUGGAGCAAGGGGUAGAGCAAGGCCAGUAAGCUUCUAAUCAUAUUAUUUAUUACUAGCUGACUGCUUGAGCUAAUUCUUAUAUACUUAUAUAAUGUGUAUUUGAUUC